UGGUCUGUCGAUGAUUGGAGAAUGUCGGUGGGUGUUGCGAUGUUUUCGUUAUCGCCAUUGGACUUCCUCUCCGCCGCUCAGAGCUGCUGCUCGGUCUCCCAGACGCUUCCUGCUCCGGCCAGCUACACACUGUCGCGCCAACAUUGGAGGCAAGAUGAGGAAAAGAGACUGUUGGGAGGGAACGUGAAGCUUCACAUAUAGACUUUACCAUGCCUGAGGACCUACCUGGAAGUUGCAUGUCUUACGUUUCCCUUUUUGGUUUGGCCUUUUGGUCCAACUGUUCAGUCCUCCCAUGUUUGUUUAGGAGAACAGAGGCUGCAGUGUAAGUUAAGAUGAAACUUAGUUCUACAGCCUCCCUGACUGCUGGACACACAGGCCAUGUUAUCCCUCCCCCUGCCUUCUUAGAAAACUGCAAUAGAUAGAUUAAAUAAGGCUUAAAUCAUAUCAUAUUUUUGUGUAAUUUAUAUUUUGUUCAAGCACUUCAAAUGCAACAUAUUCUGUAUAGAUUUUGAUCGUUUUCUAAUUUAACAAUCACUGCCUCCUUGUUCUACCAAGCUGUGUUCACGUUUUCAGUAUGUAGUGGAUUGUUGUUUUCAGUGCAUCUUUAGUUUUCUGUCUGCUCCAUUUGAAUAAUUAAUUUAAAGAGUUUUGUCAAUAUUCUAGCUGCUGUAAUUGUGAAUAGCUUCACGUUUCUUUGUAUUUUGUGUUGAACUCUCAUAGAGAAGUCUUAUUGAAGUGUUUGAUUGUUGAUCUGAAUGGAAAUUUGACUGGAAGCAAAGUGUCAAGGUCACCCAUUCUUAAACUCAAAGUGACAUGGGAGAUUGUGACUGAAGGGCUUGUCUCAUAACUUGCUCAAUCUUGACUGGACGAUCUGCUGUCAACUGGAUAUGUUUCUCAAGUCCAAUGAAGACACCUCUUAAGCUGACACUUACUGCUUUUUGUUGGACAUUGUGUCAUGAAUAACUUAGAAAGGAUUUUUUUGAUUUCAAGGACAAAAUUCCUGAAGUGAGAUGGAGUCUUGGUUGACUGACAAGUCCUCCUACCUGUAAAUGUGGACCUGCUUUCUUCAAACUUGUUAAGACUGUUCCUUUCUGUAAACCUCCACCUCAGAAGGAAGGAUGCGUUCCCCAGAGCCUCUCAAAUCUUUCCCAGCAGAGGCCCUCCUUCAUGGCCAGUUUGCCAGCUGGGGGUCUGGCAGUAACAGCAACAAUAACAGCUGCCCCAACAGCCCUGGUGGUCCUGGGGUGCUCUCCCCAGCUGCCUCACCUACUCCAGCUCCGGCCUCGAAUUAUGCCUUGACUCUCACACACACCCACAUACAUAUCCAGCGCCUUUCACCUCGGCCAGGAAAGGAAACCCGCCUCCUGCUGCCGUUGUCCGAACUCAUAGGCUGCAGCUGCCCUCGAGCACCUGCGCCCCCUCUGCUGGUGCUCUACUGGUACCCGCCGGGCAAGCGACGGAAAGGUGUGUCCCGUCGUAGGCAAGUGAGGGCCUACCUGGCAGAAAGCAGGCCUGAAGCUGAACGGUGGUCGGCUGCAAUCCAGUGUUUACUCAGAGGUGUGGCGGUCACUGCUGAAACAGAGUUUUCAAGGAGUCUCCUUCCCCGUCCCAGGCGACUACUGUUAUUGGUCAAUCCCUUCAGUGGGAGAGGACAAGCGAUGCAGUGGUGUCAGACACACAUCCUGCCAAUGAUCAGAGAGGCGAACAUCAGCUACAAUCUCAUUCAGACAGAGCGUCAGAACCAUGCCAGGGAGCUCAUUAGAGAAAUCUCUCUGCCAGAUUGGGACGGUAUCAUCAUUAUCUCUGGAGAUGGUCUGCUGCAUGAGGUGAUCAACGGGCUGAUGGAGCGCCCCGACUGGGAACGAGCAAUAAAGACGCCAGUUGGCAUUCUGCCCUGUGGCUCUGGGAAUGCCCUGGCUGGAUCCAUCAACCAUCACGCUGGGUUUGACAUGUGCCUUCGGGAACCUCUCCUUUUGAAUUGCUGCUUUUUGUUGUGUCGUGGUGAUGUUCGACCGAUGGACCUGGUCUCCGUGACGACAAGUCCCGGUCCUUCUAGCAACAGUCACCCAGCAGGACCUCGGAGACUGUUUUCAUUUCUCUCUGUUGCCUGGGGAUUUGUUUCUGAUGUGGAUAUUGAAAGUGAAAGGUAUCGGGGCUUGGGCUCCGCUCGCUUUACUCUGGGCACGCUGGUGCGCAUCGCUUCACUUCGGUCCUACAAGGGUCGACUGUCCUACCUACCUCCUCCUGUGGCCACCUCAUCACCAGAUGCCACACCUCCUCUGCCGAGGAGACCCUUGUCCCGUAGUAUCACUGAAGGUCUGGAAGGUUUCUGCAGAACUCCCAUCCACCGCACUUGCUCUGACAUGGGCAUCAGUGAACAAAGGAGUUUACGAAGGGGUGAAGGAGAGCGUGAAAAAGAGGAGCGGCAGAGAGAAAGAGAGAGAAGACGGGAGAGAGUCAGAGGAGGAGGAACUGGGGUGGUGAGGGCCAGCAGCUUGAUGGAAGACAGAGAGAGGGAAAGGGAAGGGGAGGCAGAGAUGGAAGCUGAAGAGGAACAAGCUGGGACCUGUUCUGAGAGGUCCGGUACAAGUUCUGAGUCAACAGAAAGGGAGGAAUGCGGCAUGGAAAGGGAAGGCAUGUUGGAUGGAAUCAGGGAUGAACCUGAAGAUGACUUGGAAGAAGAGUUGAGAAAGGAUGGCAAGCUCCAAAAAGGAUCUGAUGAAGGAGAAGCAUUAAUGCCUUCAACAGAGUGUUUCAAUUACCAGGAUGGUCUUCAGGAAUAUCGGCAUUCCUUGAGAAAGAAUUCGGCUCCCUCCAGUCAGAUAGUCAACACGCUUUACAGCCAGGAGGUGGAUGUGGGAUCCGACACCACGUACAGGGUGGAGGAAGUGGACCUGAAUGGAAGUUACUACCAGAAAGAGGCCUACCCUGUAGAUGUUGCACGGGAAAGGGCUCUCACCAUUUCUUCUCCCUUUCGGCACUCUCCCUUUGCCUACAAACCCCGAAAUGUCGAUCAAAACCAAAACACAUCCCGGCCUAGGCCCAUCUCACUGCUCCAGCACUCCCACUCGAACUCCCUCCCUCCAAAGCUCCCAUCCCUCUCUCUGUCACUUUCUCCUACGCCUCCUUCUUCUCCAUCUUGUGCCUCUCCACACUCCUCAUCCUACCUCGCGCCACGUCCCAACACCCCUGGUUCCUCCUCACCCUCGUCAUCUUUACGCACACCAUCCUCAUCUUUUAACUUUGACAUUGCAGAGCCAGCAGGACCCCACAAGAACCGUCCUUUAUUCUCACUGCCUUUAAAUCUCCCAAAUGAUGACUUGUUGCCCCCGCUUGAGCAGCCUCUCCCCACCAGAGACUGGGUGACCAUAGAGGGGGACUUUGUCCUGGUCUUGGCCCUUUAUCAGAGCCACCUUGGAGCUGACUUACAUGCUGCACCACAGGCCAGGUUUGAUGACGGGCUGAUCCACCUGACCUUUGUCCGGGCGGGAAUAUCCAGGGCCACUUUACUCAGACUGUUUUUUGCCAUGGAGAGAGGAACUCACCACACUGUCAGCUCACCCUACGUGAGCCACGUUGCCUGCAGGGCCUUCAGGCUACAGCCUCUGUCCACACGGGGGACACUCACGGUGGACGGAGAACUGGUGCCUUAUGGGCCACUUCAAGCACAGGUCAGAAUAAGGGGCGCAAGCACCACAAACAAAAACGUCAAACAACUCACUUUGUGUUUAUUCUAAUGUGGUUUCUUUAUUCAUCUCCUGCCUUUCUUCACAGGUUCAUCCUUCACUGGCCCGCCUCAUUGUUGGUGAUUCUGGAGUGAAGAUAACCAGAUUCUAAUCAGGGAUUGGUCCAGCUCAUUGACAGCACUCUACUGAAUUAUGUAAUCUGUUGCCAUGUUUACUUUGGAGAAUCAACGACUUAAAAUAGGCUGGAAUGCAGAAACUGCUCUCCAGAGGUUUAAUAUAAAGGGAUAACCCACCGAGCCACACGUCAUUGGAGCAGGGCCGCAGGGAUUAAUCUGAAAAUGGAUGAAAAUGCGCCUGAUUGCACAGCUGUUGGAUUACGCUCAGCGUAGCCUGAAGCAUGAACACUGCACAGCCUGGGAUAACAAGAGGGAAGAAACUAUUGAAUGUUUGCAUUUUGGGCAGACGGCGCAUGUGUUGUAUGUGUACAUGGACGCAUGCAUGCCAAGAUCUGUUUUGCCUUAUUGUGAGUUUGAGGGAAUCAGUGCUGACAAUGUUAAAUUAUUUCUGAUCACAUACCAUUUUUCCAUAUGAUUUUGACCAUACCUGUAAAAAAAAAUCUCAAAUUAUAAUGCCUUAUCUGCCAUUGGAGCGUGUAGUUUAAUAGUUUCUAAUCGCGACACUACCGCUAGAUUAUUUAUUGUGAACUUCCCAGCAGUGUCUGUGUUAGGCUACUGUCAAGAUCACUUUUAUCACUGAGGGCACUACCUAUCACUGAAGCGGCAGAAGAGAAUGUGGAUGCAAGUAAAGUAACAAAAAAUUUGUAUGCACGUGGUUGAGUGAACCAGAGCAAUGAUACUGUUGAACGGUGAUCAUUACUGACAUUUUUACAUAAUCUUGGUUUUCUUGGCCAGUAGAUGCACAAUGACGAUGUCAGACAUAGUACACUUUGCAACAUGUUGAACAUGUAAAGUCAAAACCAAUCAGUUGCCAGUGAGUUUAGAAUGUUUACGCUCCUCUACAUUCGUCAUUAGCUUGCCUGCUGCAGACAUCCACCAUGAAACCACGUGUCUGUUGUCCUGUGUGUUUUGCACCAGUAAGAUGAAGCGGCACAGGAUUCACAACACUAGACUGCUGCAAUACUUUGAUGCGUCUUAUGAAUAUAAGUGUUUUGUCAUAGGAAAUAACAUGCUAGAUGAAGGCUUUUAUUACACAAUUAUAAGGGAUUGCAUUUUGUGUUUUGAAUAAAAGGCCAAAAUAAAGAAGGGGAAACAUGUUGAUUGAAGUUUGACUGUGAAUAAGAGCUCAAUGGAGAUAAUGUGAGAAAUAAACCAGCAAUGCUUUCAGCAAAAAGCUUAUUUCCACUGAACAAAUCAUCCAUGGAGUGAAUUCAAAUAUUCCAACUUGGAGAGUUGCUUAUUUAUUAGUACAAUAAUCUGCUGAUCUUCUUGGUUGUAAUGGAUUUAUAAGAGCAUGUGCAGCUCCUCAAUCAAUGAGAUUGUGUCAGACCUGCUUGAGUCGCCACCGUACUGUACGUAUGUCUUGGUCAUGCCUGGAUUAUUAAUGCCUUUGUAUUAUAAGCCUGUGCAUUCUGGCUGAUGAUGAUGUUCAAACAUGAAGACACAAAAUUGAGUAAAGUCACUUUGCUC